GGUGGAGUGGUUGCUACUCCGCCUGUACAUGUCUCUCUGAAGAUCAUAAUCACACGCCAUUGGCGUUAACUUUGUGUGUGGGCGCGUUCACUAAUCAAGCAACAUGCGUUCUCACGCCCUGUCAACUUGGUUUCUCUCUUCCAUCACGUUGGUGGCAACCGCAAUGAGUGCUCAAGCCCAAAGCUAUAUUCCUCGGCCAUUGGACGACAUGAUAAAGGACUUGGGCUUGGAGGAGUAUGUCAAGGAUAUACCAAGUGGUGAUAACCUCGAAGGGAAUGUAGCUGCGCGAUGUAUUAUUGCGACCGAAGUUUUACGCCGUGUGCUCCCUUCUGAGGUUGAGAUGCCUGGCUCUGGUGCAUAUACUUCAAACAAGGAGAGUUACUGGGCUCAGCAGCAAUCGACAUUGUCGCCUUCUUGUUUCGUGGCAGCCAAGAGUCCCAAAUCUGUUGCAAAGGCCCUUGCGAUAUCUCGCGUUACACAAUGUCCUUUCGCUGUACGUUCUGGAGGGCAUUCGGAUGUCCCCGGUGCCUCGAAUACUGAGGAAGGCAUUGUUAUCGAUCUCCGUGCUUUCAACGAUAUCAAAGUGUCAGAAGAUAAGAAGGUGGCCACGGUUGGCCCCGGCGCCACCUGGGCUGAAGUAUAUCGACACCUUGACGAGUACGGGUUGACGGUUAUUGGAGGCCGCGCUUCCACUGUUGGCGUUGGUGGUUUGGCCCUCGGCGGUGGAAUGUCAUACAUUUCUGGACGUGGAGGGUUUGCUUGCGAUAACGUCUUGAAGUUUCAUGUCAUGAUGGCUGACGGCCAUAUCCUGGAAGUAGAUGAGAAGUCUCAUCCACUUCUUUACUUUGCCCUUCGCGGUGGCGGAAAUAACUUUGGUAUUGUCCUCCGAUUCGACUUCGAAACUUACCCUCUCGGCGAGUUCUGGGGUGGAAUUCGUGUUUACCCUGUCGAGGCUAAAGAAGCGAUUAAUGGCGGGCUCAGCUCGUUCAACGAUAACGCAUGGGAUGACCCAGACCUCGCUGUCAUUACCUCCUUUAUCCAUAGAUCAGGAAACUGGUACUCCACCGUCAUCUUUGAUUACGCUAAACCCCAAGCGAACCCACCUAUCCUCACCACAAAUUUCGCGGACCUACUAAAAUACACUCCCUCAAGAGACACUAGCCGGAUCACCAAUAUGACACAGUUUGCCGUUGAGCUUGGACAGGGUACACCACCCGGUCUUCGCCAGCAGUUUACCACCGUUACGUAUAGGAAUAGCGCCGAGGUACAGAAUCGCAUGGUGGACAUUUUUAUGGAAGAAGUGAAGAACAUAGAAGGCCGGAUGUCCGCCAAAGAGGCAUUCGCACCCAUUGUUGCAUUCCAGCCUAUUCCUCCCUCCAUCAGCUCUAAGUUUUCGAAGAGAGGUGGAAAUGCGCUUGGUGUAAGUCCUGACGAUGGGCCUCUUAUAUUGGUCAACCUUUGCUUCCAAUGGUCCAACGCUGCUGACGACCAGCUUGUUAUUUCGACAAUUGACCGGGUUCUUGAUAAGACGAACGAAUUUGCUAGGUCCAAGGGCCUUCUACACGAUUACAUCUAUAUGAACUACGCUGCUCCAUACCAGAAGCCGGUCACCAGCUACGGUGCCGAGAACGUGAAGAAGUUGCGCAAGGCGCAGGAGGAGUAUGAUCCUUCCUUGGUCUUUGAGAGGUUACAGCCAGGUGGAUUUAAACUGGACAUGUAGUGGGUUUUUGUACCUUCGAACGCGUUCGAAGUUAAAGAGAUAGGGGAAGGAAGCCGGCCGUUCUGGCCGGAUAUCAUAUAACACAUCCCUUGUGUUAUUAAUUUAUUUCGUUUUUGUUAACUCGAAUCAUGCAGUCACAUUACGCGUGCGCAUCCAAGCUAUCUGGACAACUCGAACAUACAUAGGCGGGGUGGAUUUUAGGAUCUGUAUAUAUACUUCCGGCUCAUAGAUGCCGAUAUGUGACCGAAUAUUAGGGGGCUAGAAAGCCCAGUCAAGAACAAUAGGGGGUUAUCCUGUGACUGUGAGAGGUGACAUGCGUAUCCCAGUAACCUAACGGCAGGAUUG